CCUGCCGGCCUCCUGGUCAGCCUGCCGCUACUCCGACCUCCUCCGCAUGCGUGCAGGUUUCACUGCGUGACUGAGCAGUACUACCGCAAGGCUGACGCCAUCCUGGUCAUGUAUGACAUCACCUGCCCGGCCUCCUUCACCGCUGCGAGAGAGUGCUUGCACUCUGUGGAGGAGAAGAUGUGCCACGGUGCAACACGGAUGCUGCUCGGAAACAAGCUGGACUUGGCCAACAGGCACCACCGAAAAGUGGAAUCAAGAGACGGACUGAAAUUGGCAGAGCAGCACCAGGCUUCGUUUUAUGAGUGCAGCGCCAAAACCGGAGCAAACAUGGAGGAACUGAUGACUCGUAUGGCUGAAAAGUUGGUUGCCCGGCUCGAUGGACAACGUGAAGAUAGUCCUUCCCUGACAAAGUGUGCUCUACCAAGACGUUGCUGUGUAUAAUUAGAAAAGGACAAAUGUUUGAAAAAGGUCCAACGGCUUCCGUUUGUUCACCUCCUCCAGUUUGGUCACUUCCCAAUUCCAAGAACGAGAGGUCAAUGUUUCCUUGUUGCGAUACAGACGCAGUGUGUCUGUCGACUGAAAGUUGACUUUACUGUCAAAUUUGUACAAUGUUUGAAUUGCGUUCAAUACAGUUGUGUUGAGCCCACUUGUCCCACCCAGUAUGUUUGAGUAGGUUCCCUCCACGCUCCACACUCACUUGAUGUGGGAGAGGCCAGCGGGGCGGGGGGGGGGGCACUCGUGUCGGCUGGGCAAGCGGCUGCAAUCGGACACAUUACUUUCAGACAACUUUGACAGACAGAAGCACAACAGCGGGCUGAGUGGGAUCUUGCAAGGCAUUGCCACGGAAAUCUUCAAUCAGAAUGGAAACUCGGAGGGAAAACUCCAACAAAUGUGGGAUCAUAUGUCUGAAGUACAUGCUCCUCAUGUUUAACAUUCUCUUUUGGGUGGCAGGGGGUGCGGUGUUGGCCGUGGGCGUUUGGACUUUGGUGGAAAAGAGUGACUACAUAAGUCUGCUGAACUCCAACUUCUACACAGCAUCCGCUUACGUCCUCAUUGUCGCCGGGGCCGUUGUGAUCGUCACCGGUAUCAUCGGAUGCUGCGCCACUCUGGGGGAGAUGAAGAGGCUUUUGAUUGUGUACUUGGUGCUGUUGCUGUGUGUUUUUCUGCUGGAACUCGUCGCAGGUGUCUUGGCAUACAUGAAAUACCAAGAGUGUUUCCCUUUCUGCCAAAAGCUGGAUGAGGAGCUGAGGCAAAACUUGAAGGUGACCAUGCAGCAGAAAUACCAACAAGCCGGGGAGGACAGCGUCACACAAGCUGUGGACAAGCUCCAUCAGGAGUUCCAGUGCUGCGGCAGUAACAGCUCCUCCGACUGGAAAGACAGCAUUUGGAUCCAGGCCGCCGCACGAGACGGCCAGCUUGUUCCUGACAGCUGCUGUAAAACACCCAGCAGCCUCUGCGGCAUCAGAGAGCAUCCCUCCAAUGUUUACAAAGCGGAGGGAGGCUGCGUCAUGAAACUGGAGGAGUUCAUUCUCAGUCAGCUGUAUAUUCUUGGCGCGCUGGGCAUUGUGAUUGCAGUUUUACAGCUAUUUGGGAUGAUGUUUACUUGCUGCCUUCAUCAAAAUCUGAAAAAUGAUCCCUACUGAUGUUGCACUUUUUAAAUAUGCUUUCAAAUAACAAGCUUGCACUUUUAAAGUUGAGCUGCUGGGCAGCACUUCACUAUGGAAAAUAAGGAUGAUGCAGGAAAUGCAAGCUUGCUGUGGUUAUAUUUACACGUACUGUACUGCUGCUCUUGGUGUGCCACAAGGUUUAGUUAACUACAUAAUAUACCGGAAAUACCAACAAUAAAAACAAUUAGCAUGAACAUCAAUAAAAGGCAUUGUAUUAUUUGAA